AUGAUCUUUUGCUUUCGUAUGCACGUAAGCUCUUUUCAGCCAAAUAAGGGACAACAACAGAAUUCUUUUGGACAAGGAACAACCGUUAGUUUCUUUGUCGAAGAGGCUACAACUCAGCCACCACCACCACCACCACCACCAACAACAACAACAACAACACAGCCCACUACGACGACAAGAAGAUCAACAACCGCAGAACCGAUUCGCUUCUUUGUCACCACCACUCGAAAAAUCGUCCCCAAUCGACCGGAGCAACGCUUUGAACUCGUUGAUGGAGAUUCGGAAAGAGAUCGUGAAGAAGUGCUUCAACCGGUGAGACCAAGACCCCAUCUACCCUCCCGGCCACAACGACCUUUCAAGAAUCGCCCAGAAACAAACACUUUUGUUCCCGUCACCCAAGCUCCGACCUUUGAGUCAACGAUCCGGUCGACGAGUCAACGAUUUUUCGUCCCUGAAUCAUUUAUUAGACAACAACAACAGGCUGAAGCGAUUCGGAGAAGAAUCCUUGCUCAACAACAAGAACAAAUUCGGCAACAACUCAUUCAACGACAAUUCCAGCAACAGCUUUCUCAGCAACUGCUUUCCCAGCAACUGCUUUCUCAGCAACAGCUUUCCCAGCAACCGAUCGUCAACAAUGCGGUUGUGUGCGCUGAUUUCGAUUCUCGAUGCCCAGCUUGGAUCGGUCAUUGCCCUUUCAAUUCAUUUGUCACUCAACGUUGCCCACUCUCUUGCGGACUUUGCCGUUUCCGUAUUCAA